UAAAAGCGUGAGGAAGAAACGCGGCGGUUGAUUUCAAAUUUUGUGAAGAAAAAAAGACAAGCAGCGGAUGGAGGGAACUUACUUUUAGGUUACUUUAGUGUUUCUCAUUUUUAAUACAGUGCGCUGUAUUAUGCGCAUGCAUUGAAGAUGGAGCCGCUGAAUUCAGGCAGUGAGGCAGUGAAAUCCUCAAGAAGGAGACUUUCUUCGAUUUUAAAAGCUUCUCGGACAUCUAUGAAAGUACUUGGAUCUGAGCAAGAGGAGCAAAAGGUGAUAAAGGAGGAAAUUGCCAAACCUGUAGAAAAGAAGAGAAAUUCGCGAAGAGUGAGUUUUGCCUCUACAAAUAAUGUUCGAGUCUUUACAAAUGAUGCAAAAAGUGAAUCUCCUGUUCUGGCAUCCAUACAAAACACACUUGUUGGAGAUAGACCAGAUGAAAAGAUUCUGCGUUUUGUUGAGGGAAAUCACCAAAUCAAAGGCCUGGAAACUUUGUUGAACACUCCUCUUUAUCUAUCGCAGCAUAAGGAGAAUUUCUUCUCUGACCCAGUCUUACAAGAUGACUGUGUGGAUAGAACAAUGCUGCUCGGAGAGAAUACUGGAUACAUGGAUAUUACUCAAAGUCACACAGUCAUAAUUGAUAAGGAUUAUGAAAUUGAAGAAGAACCAAACUCAGAUUGUUGCUUCAAAGUGGCUCAGACAGUCUGUGGUGAUCUAAAUGUUGCAAGUCUGAAGGGUUUUCCACGUGAAGCAAAAGCAGAGAGUAAAAAAGCUGCAACAGACCCAGACUUUAGUGCUUUUCUCUCCGGUAUGUGCUUACCCACUGUAAGCACCAUUAAGCCCCCAAAUUCAGAAAAUAAGCUGGAAAGUGUCUUCUGUUCAGCCAGUACAAGCACAAUGGAAAUUGAUAAGGAGAAUCUCUUACCAUCUUUUUUAAUGAAGCAAAAUCCAGGUGGCAUGGGUAACCCAAAACAACCACAAGGCCUUCAACGUAGACGAUCCCGUGUUACGUUUGUUGAAGAUGAUGAUAUAGAGACAACCAUGAGUCACACUGUUGUAAUUGAAACCAGAAAUGAAGUUCAGCCUCUUGCAUCCUCCAUUUCUGAAAAUCAAGGAAGUGUUAAAGUUACAGGAAAUAUCACUCGCAAUGUCCAGGCAGCUCUGGAUCGCAAUAGAUCCCAUUGUUUAUCUGAGGAUGACAAUGCGAUGGAGAUGACAGGGUGCGUUGAUUUAGCUGUUCGAGAAAAAGACCACACAAUGAAUAUGAAGGAGCAGUCUCAGUCUCCAAUUCCCAAAGUAAGAAGGAUGUCAUCCUUUAAUGUGAUUGGAAAUGGGGAGACAACAGAUCAAAACAUUGCUGGUUGUUUUCAGAGCAAUCUCUCAAUAGUCAAAACUGCUAAUUCUGAUGAUAUGGAGAUUACUGGGGUUUUAGAUGUAUCUAUUCGAGAAAAAGAGGACAUUCUGUUUCCCAAACUAAGCCGUAGAUCCACUCUUGAUGCUUUUGGAAAUGGAAAAAUAGUGGAUCAAAACAAAUCUGGCUACAACUUGAUAGCUCCAACUGCUAAUAAUGAUGUUACAGAGAAGACACAGUCACAGGCUGUUGCUUUCGUGGCCAAACCAUCAAGUGGCAACAAGCCAUUUAGCAACUCAAGGAAGAGUUUCUCUCUUGCGUCUGUAUCCAGAACUGUUCAAGAAGAUGAGCAUGCGGCCAUUGUCAAGGAGGAAGCUCUGCAUCCAAUAUCCAGAGGAAGCAAGAUGUCCUGUUUUAAUUUGGCUGGAAGUGAAGAGAUAUUGGAUCACAACAAAUCAGGCCACCUCUCCAUUGCCCAAACUGAAAAUUAUGAUGAUAUGGAGAUGACACAGUGUCAAUCUAUUUUUCCCGAGGCUAAACAGGUCAGUGGAGACAAAUCAUUAAGCAACUCAAGGAAAGAUUGGGCUCAUACAUCGGUAUCCAGAACUGAAGACGGUGAUGGGAUGGACAUUACUCAAGGGUUCACAGGGCGUAUAAUACUAAAUGCUCCUUCAGGCACCAAGAAUGAAAGAGGUGAAAGCAAUCUGAUACCUGCUACAUCACCUAAACAUAAUGAGAGUGACUGUAUGGACUUGACAUGCCAACCAAGUACUUUUGUUGGGAUUUCACCCCCAAGCCCUGAUGAAAUGGAUUUGACUGUAUGCAACACUAUGAACAUUGACUCAAACCGGGCCUGUUUAGGAAGUGCUGAUACAGGUACAGUACCUUUCUCCGCUAAUCAAACUAUCACUGUUGUUGUACCUAUGGAGAUGACUGAAGUACAUAUGGCACCAGUCAGUGAGCAAAAGCGUAAAGCUUUAAUGACUCGAAGAAAGUCAGGAGCAAGGAUGGUGUCCUUGAUGUCUUAUCCUGAAAAUACUAAAGCUGAUAACUGUCAGACCAAUUUCUCCAACCCUGAUGACAUGGACAUGACACAAUGUCAGACUGUUGUGCUUGAGGCUGAAUACGGCAGACCAUUCAGUAAAUCAAGGAAAAGUUUGAACCUUGUAUCUACAUCCUCCAGUCAUGAUGUUGACAGUAUGGAGAUAACCCAGGCACUCACCGGGAAUAUCAUGUUAAAGAGCUUUGUAUCCAAUAAGGAAAGAAAGCAUGAGAGUAAUCUGUUACCUACAGCACAAAGCUGUCAAAGGCAGGAUGAGUCUGACUGCAUGGAACUGACUUGUCAAGCCAGUGCAUCAAAUCUAGCUAUCCCAUGUGUUGAUGAUGAAAUGGAAUUAACUAGAUGCAACACAAUUGUAGUUGACUUAAAAAGCACAUUGGCAGCAAAUGCUUCAGAGAUCAAAGCAAAUGAAAGUGCCCUUUGGGCAUCAACAUCUGUUUAUAGAUGCACAGUGUCAAGUGAAGAACAAAAUGAGGUGAUUGAAGCUGCCAAGUGUGCUAUUAACCCUGUCUUCCCCCAAAACAUGUUUUUGAUCUGGAUGGCAAAAACCUUAAAUGCAAUAAUACAGAAACAAUGUCAAAUAACCCAGCUGUCAUGCAAGUGAACAAAUACGACGAAAUGGCACAUCCAAGCAAUGUGAUGACGAUUGAUGACGAAAAUGACAUGCAGAUUACAAAGAUGCUAACAAUACCCAUUGAAAUGGAGAAAAGUGUUUUGUUUGACCAGAAAGAAGCCAAUGUAAACACUUCCAAUGCUUCUAAAAAUGAAGAGGAGAGUCAAGUUAUUUGGUCUAACAAGGAACAAAGUACAAGCUCAGUCCAAAUGAAGGUUCCUCCUCAAAUGAGUCCGUAGCUGAUUCCUUCAGUAAAGAAGAACUAAAACCUGUGAAAGCAAGACGGAGAAGUCUAGCAGAUUUUCAAACGGAGCUUCAAAAUAUUUCACGACGUAUCCAGGAAGAGAACAAAGUCUCUGAAAGUCUCAAAGAAACUGCGCCUCUACCGCCUUGUUCUUUCUCAGAGAUUUCCCUUAAAGAGCAGUGUGAAACUGAAAUUUCUAUUGAGCCAGCUUCAAAUGCCACACCUAAUGUCAAGCAGAAAAAUAAUUCGGUUCUAAAUGAGAAGACCACACCUUUUAGUCUAAAAAAGCCGUUCUCAUCAAGGUUGUCAUUGUGUGGUAUCAUGCCAAAACUACCGAAACGAGCUUCAACUGUAACUCCAAACAAAACUGUGACCAUUGGUUUUAAUGAUUUACGAUGUCUACAACUAGAGAAACAUUUUGA